AUGGGUGUUGCUCCCCCGGAAUUUCCAGAACUUGCACUGCCUGCCUCAGAGGCCGAGUACAAAUCUAACAAAGCGCCUCCUGCGAGACCCCGACCGGUUCUUAUUUCUGAGCAAUGUCGAGUACAGAUGGCUCCGCAUGACGAAAUCUAUAGCGUUCAACAAGUCUAUACUCCUUCAGUCGGGGAGCCAGACAUUAACAUUGUCGCUGUCCAUGGCCUAGACGGCGAUGCGCGCAAGACGUGGACCACGAAAGGUUCUCAAGUUUUUUGGCUAGACAACGAACAGUUUCUGCCCAAAUACAUCAAAAAUGCGAGACAGAUCGGCGGCUGUGAGAAGGCCAUGAUAUACGCCAAGGAUAGAACAGCUCGUCAAGUAUCACACGAGUACGAUAUAUUUAGCUCCACGUUUGUUUGUUGCCAUUAUGCGAAACUUUCGCAUUUACUUCUUCUGGAAGAGCAGAAAACCGACCUGAAGUUCUUGGGCAAGGACUACAUUGUUUCUGUCGAGAGUGCCGCCCCAAAAUUUGACCUUGUGGAAAGAGCAGGAAUUGCUGCAGAUCACUCGGGCAUCGUGAAGCUAGGCGAUCCUAAUUCCCAAGCAUUCAAAAUGGUCAUCGACGCUCUCUUGCGCUACACCGAGGAAGCAGCCCCAAUCAUAAGGCAACGCACAUACGACGCAGUCAAUUUACUCGACUCGUUACGUCUUAGAGAAGUAGUGGAGGCAGUGGGAGGACAAGACCCUCGCAUUCUAAUGGGUCAUGCUGGGGUGGCUAUGAAAGACGGUCAUGGACGCCAGAAGAGUCAUCCAUAA